AUGCAAGAUAAUACAGCUGCUGUAGAAGAGGAAAAACCCUCAUCUUCGGCUAAGAAAUUGCUAAAUCAUUGGCAUAUGAAGCCUCUAUCUGAUCCUACUUUCUGCAACAGGAACAGUUGGAGAGCAAUGAGGGUGAUCCUAUUUACAUCAGAUGUCAAGAUCAAUAGCAUUUCAAUUAUUGGAGGUGCUGAUGGAACAAAUCCUUCCAAGAUGAGGGCUCUUGCAAACGUUGAUCCUAUUGAUGUCGCCAGAAAUAUUGCAGGGUUAAACCCAGAAACUACCCUUGAUAAGCAUUAA